AUGCAGCAGCUGUACAGAUCUCUAGACAUCUCCAUCCACUUAUAUGGCCUAGUUGCACGCGACUGUGAUUCUACUAAAUGGCAUUCUGGUCCCAUAAUUAUGAUCGGCUUGGUAUGUGUGAUCUUCAACGUCUGGGUGAUAAUACGGGACCCGGUGACGUGGGAGAGGCCCGACAAGUUCGUGCCAGAGAGGUUCCUGGGCAUGGCCGAUGCGGACCAGGCGGUGGACUUCCGGGGCAAGGCGUUCGAGUUCAUCCCGUUCGGGUCCGGCCGGAGGCUGUGCCCCGGCCUGCCGAUGGCGGAGCGCGUCCUGCCGUUCAUCCUAGCCUCGUCGCUGCACGCGUUCGAGUGGCGGCUGCCGGACGGCGUGUCGGCGGAGGAGCUGGACGUGAGCGAGAGGUUCACCACCGCCAACGUGAUGGCUGUCCCCCUCAAGGUCGUGCCCGUCGUGGUCACCUAA